AUUUCCUCAUAUCCGCGAAUAUCGAACCUCCAACUUCAAAUCAACUUUAUUCCCGUGCCCAAACUUAGUUAUCGGUAUCGGUAAACUCCACUAUCGGUCGACGUCUAGAAGUAAUAAAUAAUCAUUUUUUAAAAAACGCCGUCAUUUUCUUCAUUAAGGCACUUCGGCGUUUUAGCUCGUCACUCGGCUUUUUCCGGAGCGCACUUGAUUUAAAUCGGCUGUUUCCGGAUAAGUUCGGGCCGCCGAUAACGGUCAGUGUGUUCAAAUCUUUGAUGCUAGCUUCAGUUUGCUAGCUUCUUCUGGCCUGCUGUGAACUCGAAAGGAGAUAGGAGAAAGAGGAGAAGCCGAAGGGGAGAGUGAGAGUGAGAGUGGGAGAGAGAGAGAGAGAGAGAGAGAGAGAGGAAGGAGCCUGGGUCCGGAAUGACGGUGUUGCAGGAACCUGUCCAGGCCGCUGUCUGGCACGCUUUAAACCACUAUGCCUACCGGGACGCCGUGUUUCUGGCUGAGAGGCUCUACGCUGAAGUGCACUCCGAGGAGGCGCUCUUCCUCCUGGCCACGUGUUACUACCGCUCGGGGAAAGCCUACAAAGCCUAUCACCUCCUCAAAGGGCACAGCUGCACCACGCCACAGUGCAAAUACCUCCUCGCUAAAUGCUGUGUGGAGCUCAGCAAGCUGGCUGAGGGCGAGCAGAUCCUCACAGGUGGUGUACUGAACAAACAGAAGAGCCAGGACGACAUCGUCACCGAGUUCGGGGACUCGUCCUGCUUCACGCUGGCGCUGCUCGGCCAGAUCUACUGCAAAACCGAUCGCUUAGCGAAAGGAGCCGAAUGUUAUCAAAAGAGCCUGAGUGAGAAUCCUUUCCUCUGGUCGCCCUUCGAGUCUCUGUGUCAGAUCGGUGAGCGACCGGACCCAGAGCAGAUCUUUAAGCUAACGUCUCUGCAGAGCUUCAGUGGAGGCAGCGGAGGAGGCGCCCCCUGUUUCCCCAUGAGCCCAGCUCACACUCCCAGUCACAACACGACUCACAGGCAAAUCGACUCCGUUCUCAUGGAGACGCCCCAGGACACGCUGGAACUGAACCGGCUCAACCUGGAGUCGUCCAACUCGAAGUACUCGUCUCUAAACACGGACUCGUCCAUGUCUUACAUCGACUCGUCGGUCAUCUCGCCCGAUUCCGCGCCUCUGAGCACGGGCGGAUCUCUGCUGUCCAAGCAGGUGCAGAAUAAACCCAAGAGCGGCCGCUGUCUGCUGGGAGGCACCGCCACACUGAGCCCUCUCACACCCAGUUUCGGGAUCUUGCCCCUGGAGCCGAGCCCAGGAGACCCUUCGUAUCUGCAGAACUACAGCCACAGCGGGACGGGGAUGGAGCCGCCUCCACCUCCUGGCCCACCGAAGAAGACGGUCAGCAGAAUCAGUCAGGUGGGGACGAAGUCGGUGUUCGCGCAAAGCGGAAACAGUAGAGAGGUUAUUCCCAAUCCGUUUAACCAGACGCAGACCACGGCACCACAGACCAGUACUACACCUCAAGUGCUGAGUCCCACCAUCGCUGCACCACCCAACGUUCAGCCUCGACGGAGCUCCAGGCUUUUCACCAGCGCCAGCUCCACCGCCAAGGAGAACAGUAAGAAGUUAAAAAUGAAGUUUCCCACCAAGAUCCCCAACAGGAAGACCAAGACAAAAACGGGAAAGGGAGGAAUCACUCCGUCCAGCCUGAACGAGAGCAUCGAGAUCCUCAAGCUGGACUCGUCCUUAGCCGAGGGGAAGGGCAACAUCAGCUCGCCGCAGUUUCAGGCCUUCACUCUGCAGAAGGCCGCCGCAGAUGGGUUGAUGUCAUUGAUGCGGGACAUCGGGCGGGGUUACCUAGCGCUGUGCUCGUAUAACUGCAGGGAGGCCAUCGGCAUCCUUAGCCAGCUGCCUGCACACCACUACAACACCGGCUGGGUGCUGGGCCAGAUCGGCCGCGCCCACUUCGAACUGGCAGAGUACAUGCAGGCGGAGAGGAUUUUCUCCGAGGUGCGGCGCAUCGAGAGCUACCGGGUGGAGGGGAUGGAGAUCUACUCUACCUCACUAUGGCACUUACAAAAAGACGUGGCUCUCUCUGCGCUCUCUAAAGACCUCACCGACAUGGACAAGAACUCGCCUGAGCCCUGGUGUGUAGCUGGUAACUGUUUCAGUCUGCAGCGGGAGCACGACAUCGCCAUCAAGUUCUUCACGCGGGCUAUCCAGGUGGACCCGAGCUUCGCCUACGCCUACACGCUGCUGGGUCACGAGCUGGUGUUCACCGAGGAGCUGGAGAAAGCGCUGGGCUGCUUCCGCAACGCCAUCCGGCUCAACAAGCGCCACUACAACGCCUGGUACGGCUUGGGAAUGAUCUACUACAAGCAGGAGAAGUUUAACCUGGCGGAGAUUCAUUUUAAGAAGGCUCUGAGCAUUAACCCCCAGAGCUCAGUACUCCUCUGUCACAUCGGAGUGGUUCAGCAUGCACUGAAAAAAUCAGAGAACGCUUUAGAGACCCUGAACAGAGCGAUCAGCAUCGACCCUAAGAACCCACUAUGCAAAUUUCACAGGGCGUCUAUUCUCUUUGCGAAUGAAAAAUACAAGGCCGCUCUACAGGAGCUGGAGGAGCUGAAGCAGAUCGUGCCCAAAGAGUCACUUGUUUACUUUUUAAUAGGAAAGGUCUAUAAGAAGCUCGGUCAGACUCACUUGGCUCUGAUGAACUUUUCAUGGGCCAUGGACUUGGACCCCAAAGGAGCCAACAAUCAGAUCAAAGAGGCCAUAGACAAGCGUUACCUCCCUGACGACGAGGAGCCCGUCACCCCCGACGACUACCUCUACUACUCCACGGAGAUGGAGGAGUCGCAGGAGAGCAGCAUGACGGACGCCGACGACACGCAACUCCACACCACGGAGAGCGACGAGGUCCUGUAACACUCCGGCCUCCUGUCUGAACUCGAACACGACGAAUAGUUAUGCCAACCUGGGGCUACCCAGUUCAUACGGAGAAGAGAAAAACAAUACCCAGAAAAAAACAAAAGACACAAGCAAGAGGAAGGAGAAGAAGAAUUUAAAGAAAAAAAAAAAGGAAAACAAACUGCUGCUAAUACAGUACCUCCUCGUUUCUGUAUUUUUUAUUUUUCUGUUUUACUGUGCUUUCUCCCCCCAACCCCCGCCUUUUAUUCUCUCUUCAUUUUUUUUUUUUUUUUUUACAUUUUAUUUUGCUCCCACCCCUGUCAUUAUGCCUUAUCGCUGGGUGACUCACCCUCAUCCGGUCUUCAAACACACGUUAACCUGGGGGAUUUUACUGUCCGGAAAAAAAAAUCUGUCCUCCAUCCAUACCGCAGACAUCCACAUCCUCUCCAUGUUCACGAGUGGAGAUAGAAGAUACAGGAGAAGAGGAAAAUAACGAAAGAAAGAAAUCAAACCACAAACCUUCACAGACAAGUUCUGUCUUAAUGCCUAGGCCUUUUGUGUUCCUUUUAUUCUCAUUUAAUUGAAAUAAAGACCUGUGUAAGAGUUGCAAGUCCGUUGAUUCCUCUCCCCUUUUUCAGCACUUUGAGCCGCGAGACGAGAGCGAAUCACUCCACGCACUUUGUUUUUGUUUUCUUUCUUUUUUUUUUCUCCCUUCCCCCCCCAGCAGGUUUUCUGACUCGGGAUUUUCUGGAAUCCAUCUCCUAGAGAGGAAACAAAGUAUUUGUGUGUAUGUGAAUUAGACACAGAGAGAGGGAGAGAAGAAUGCAUAAUCAUCUAUGAAUGGAGUUUAAGGAAAUGUUUGCAGCUUUCACACAGCUCCAAAUUUAGAUCAGAGAGAGAGAGGAUCGUUUCUUGCUUAGACGCCUGAGAUGAUCAGACUUGCUUUCUGCAGAACAGAUAUUUGGUUUGUUUGUUUUUGUUUUGUUUUAUUUCAUCUGGAGCAUCUCAAGUGUUUUAACUUGCCUUGUUUCCAUUUUCAUGUCUGAAUCAUUACUCACACAACGCUGCGAAGGCAGACACUGGAUGUUUAUUCCCACAAAAAACAACUGAAAAAAGGUUCUGCACGCUCAUAGUUCAGAGCUCACUGAUGGAGGAAACUCUCCUACGGCACGCUGGUAAGAUUCAGGGUGGAGACGUGGAACUUCUUAAAGUCGUGGUGCUUUUGUUUGACGAUGCACAUUAUUUUUAUUAUUAUUUUUUAAAUGUUUUUUCUCUUUUUUUUUUUUUUUUGCAUAAAGUAUCUUUAGAAAUCCUCGAUUUCUUACGGUUUGUGUGUUGACUGGUUGGUUGGUUGGUUGGUUGAUUGAGUAAAUAUUAAAUUGUUUUGUCUUAGGGUAAAAACGCUUGUCUAUGUAUAUUUUAAAGAAUUUAAGACGUAAUAAAUUACU